ACGAGCCUCGGGCGAACUCUCGCCUUUGCGCAUGCGUACUCAAACAACUCAUGUCAAACCAGAGAAACGAAACUGUUCCUCUGAGAACCAUCCGAUGAUGUGCCGAACCAGCAGGUGAAGACACCCCGCGUUCUGGCGCCGGAUAAAGUUGUUCGCCGGAGUGUCGCGUCGGGUCCGGUUAAACAACAACAUCAUGUUUGGUAAAAAGAAGAGAGCACCGCAGCCCAGAGGCCAGGGUGCUGCUGCAGCCAAGCAGAUGGGUCUGUUCGUGGACCUGGACCCCGAGCAGAUGGCGAUGGGGAUGGAGGGGAAUGUGGACGACCCGGACUUGGAGGCGGAACUCGCCGCUAUUACUGGAAAUAAAACCGCAGCCGGAGGGAGAGCAAAGCAGAAGGGGAAAAGCCCGCUGCCCAUGGAAGAUAUCGCAAGAAUGGCUGACGAGUGUAUGAAAGAUGAGGAUGAGGAUGAGGAUGACGGUAACCUGGAAGAUGACGAAGAUCUAUUGGCAGAGCUGCAGGAAGUGGUGGGUGAAGAGGAAGCCGAGGAUGUCGUAGCUGUACCCUUCACAUCCUCUGCCCUUGCUUCUCAAGCCGAUACACCAGAGACGCCUCUGACGCAGCAGAACGUGAAGGUCCCCUCAGCAGCUCCUGGCAGCCUCCAAUACACUCUGGAGGAGAGAGUGCUCAUGUACAAGACCGCCCUGCAAAACGCCAAAGCUGCAGGGGAGACCUCCAAGGUCAGGAGAUACGACCGCGGCCUGAAGACUCUGGAGUCGAUGUUGGCGAGUAUUAAAAAAGGGAGACCCGUGAACGCGGCGGACAUCCCGCCUCCUGUCGCCGCCGGAGCCCCGAGUGCCGCCUCUCAGCCUGCUGUUCCCCGUCGAGCGGCUCCCCCCGUGCCCUCGCCUCCCGAACGCACCGCUUCGGCUCAGGAGGCGGAGUCAGAGGCCACGCCCGUUGUGCCCGACAUCGUCACCCCCGGCAGCAAAGUGGAGCAUCCGUCCUCGCCCCCUCUGAGCGGCGUCCUGUCUCCCGAGGAGCCUGGCCACCCACCGACCGAUGGUUUGUCAAACGAGUCGACCAAAGCGCUGCUUUUGGAGAGGCAGAACGAAUACAAGACGGCCGCUCUGACAGCCAAGAAGCAGGGAGACGUGGAGCAAGCCAGGCUUUACUUCAAGACCAGCAAGAAGUUCGAUCUGGUGAUUGAGGCGUUGGAAAAGGGGCAAGCUGUCGACCUGGGCGGCCUUCCUCCAUCUCCACAGGCUGCAGGAGGAGUCUCUGUUGCAGUGAGGGAAACGCCCUCGAGAUCAAACAUAGAUGUCAUCCAACUGGUUACAUCAGCACCAGCCGCUGCCCCUCCGUCGGCCCCCUCUGCUCCCAAAGACGUGCUGGAGGCUCUGGAGCAGAGACGUGCCAAGUAUGUGGAGGCGUCCAAUCAGGCCAAAGCCAGCGGAGACGACCGCAAGGCCCGCAUGCACGACCGGAUCGCCAAGCAAUACCAGAGUGCAGUCCGAGCUCACAAAGCGGGGAAAGCGGUCGACUUUGAUGAGCUGCCGGUUCCCCCUGGUUUUCCUCCGAUCCCGGGGCAGAAGGUCACAGGAGCGCAGCAUGGAUUCAUUGCUGCUCUGGAGGCCGCGGAUAAGCUUUCCUCCACCGAUGAUGCCCAAAUAGCGAAGGAAGCAGAGGAGGAGGAGGAGGAGGAUGAUGAUGAUGAGGAGGGGGGGGAAGAGUCUAAGCCUGCAGCUCCAGAAGGGCCGAAGAAGCCCAUGUUGGACCUCCCCGCUGCAGGACCGGACGGAAUCUCCCCAUCAGCGGGUCAGCAGCUCGACUUCCUGGAGGGCAGGAAGAAGCAGUACAUGAAGGCCGCUCUGCAGGCCAAGCAGAAAAACGACAUGGAGCAGGCCAAGGUCUUCCUCCGCACCGCCAGGCGCUUCGAUCCCAUUAUUGAGGCCGCUCGCAGCGGCAAGACCGUGGACAUCAGCGCGGUGCCGUCGCCGCCUGGUGACGAAGACGAGGACUUCAUCCUGGUUCAUCACAGAGACGUGCAGGUGUCAGAGAAGGCCGAGGAGCUUUACGCACAACUAGCCAAGAUCCUUAAAGAGCAGUACGAGAAGUGUAUGACUCACUCUAAGCAGUUCACACACCUGGGCAACGUCACCGAAACCACAAAGUUUGAGAAGAUGGCGGAGAGUUGUAAGAAGAGUCUGGAGGUCCUGAAGCUGGCUCAGUGCCGAGGUCUGUCUCCCCCUAAACAUCACUUUGAGGAGAGAUCCUUUCACACUGUCAGGAUAUUUCCAGACCUGAGCAGCACAGAGAUGGUUGUGAUCAUCGUCAAAGCAAUGAAUCUUCCUGCUCCCAGCGGUAUUCAAACAAACGAUCUGGAUGCAUACGUGAAGUUUGACUUCCCCUACCCCAGCGCGGAGCAGCCACAGAAACACAAAACAGCAGUCAUCAAGAACACCAACUCCCCAGAAUACAACCAGAGCUUCAGCCUGUCAAUCAACCGAAACCAUCGCGGCUUCAGGAGGGUUGUGACGUCCAAAGGCCUCAAGCUGGAGCUUCUGCACAAAGGCGGUUUCCUGCGGAGCGACAAGCCCGUCGGGACGGCCCUCGUCAAGCUGGAGAAGCUGGAGUCGCAGAGCGAAAUCAGGGAGAUCGUGGAGGUGAUGGACGGUCGUAAGGCCACGGGGGGCCGCGUUGAGGUCAAGGUGCGUCUGCGGGAGCCUCUGAGCGGACAGGACGUGCAGAAGAGCACCGAGCGCUGGCUGGUGAUCGACCAGUCCCAGGUUGUUGUUUAGAUGCUGCGCUAGAUUAAAGAGGAUCCACAAGAUGGAGAUGAAAGACAAAAUCACAGGACGAGGACCGAGUUUGGGACGUGACGAGGACGUUGGGGCGACUUUACCCACGCGGGUCUUUGACUUGAACCCUUUGCACAUUUGCGUCUUCAGUCUGAGGACACAACGAUGUGGUCUAAAUGGAGGGUCUCAUCACACGGACUGAAUGCAGAGGGAAGCUUGGGAUGCAUCAGGACCGACCCGUGGGGGGGGGGGGGGGGGACUAGAGGAAGCCUCCUCACAUCAGAGAAAACCACUCGGGCCACGAUCACUUCACCCCCCCGAGGAGUCUCCGUAGGCAUCCGUCCGCGGGCAGCGUGUCCUCGGCUGAGAGGCGGAGCUAACCCCAUCAUGCUGGGCGAGACGACUUAAGUUAAUAUAUCAAAGAAUGUGUAGAUAUUCCUCAUAUUACCACAGCUCUGGUAUCUAGAACGGCACCUAUGCACUAAUACCAAAGUAAUCACUGUUGCUGUCUAAUCCCGCAUUCAUUUAAAUGUCCUUUUUAGUGGCCAAAUUUCUUGCAAUGAGACAGAAGUUUAAUGUGUGACGGAAACGCUUUUCCCACAUUACAUUACUUUUGAUUUUCAGUGUAAAAGCAGAUGCAGAAACUCUUAGAUGGUUUAAAAUAGUUAAGCUAAGAAAUGAUGAUGCCAUACAAGGUACGAUUUAUAUUAUUCUCCACGCCCUUUAUUUUUUUUUGGCACCUUUAACUUUGAUUAGUAAGUCUUCUGACUGUGGUCACUUAACUGCACUCUCACUCCUCUGUGGCUUAAGGUGUAGUUAGAUUGAUAUCUGGUUUAUACAUAAGACACAUGUGUGGAAUCAAAACUGCUUGGAGUUUCAUGUUAAUGUUUAAUUGUUAAAUUUAGCUGAAUGUUAAUUUAGCUUAAGGAAAAAAAUCCAUAAUUACAGAAAAAAGACAUUUUUUUAGGUAAACUUGUUUGAAUGACUAAACUUUUGACAAACCCUGUACAUAUUUUGCCUAAAGGAAUAGUUUAAACCUUUUGGAAAUGCACUUACAGUUCAAUGAAAAAAAAAUCGAUACCACUUAUGUUCAUGUGUUAAAUAUAAGGAUAGAUACAAGUGUUACAAAAAUACACGUGUAAAGCUCACUAUUUGACAAUGAGUGAACUUUACGUGCUGGCCGGUGUAUUAGAUGGAGCCAUGCUCGCCGUUUCCCCCCUUUAUGACUAAGCUAAUCCCCCUCCUCACCUGUUCCACAUUCAGCCCUUGAAGACGAGUGGUAUCGAUCUUCUCAUCAAAUUGAGCGUUUCCCAAAAUGUGUACAACUACUUUUUAUUACUAUGCAACAGACUCUAGAUCUUGGGAUGAAGCACUUUAACAAUUAAAGCUGCAGGCACCAUUGGGGCCGUUGGUCGCCAGGAGAAACGGCGUACUGUAAACAUGUGGAAAAACAAAAAUAAACUUUCAAAGCCA